CCAGGAGUCUUUCUCUUCUUCUCUCUCUCACACAAAAGCACAUAAAACUUUCUCUCUCAUAAAACUGUGUUUUUUCUCUCUCACAAAAAUCCCUAAAUUUCACUUCAAUUCCUCCCUCUUGAUCCCCAAAACGUCCACUGCCUUUCUCUGCAAUGCAUGAUCUUCAUUUCGAGUUUUGAAACUCGAAUUUUGACUCACUGAGUCGAGAGAGAGGAUUGUUUAUAGAUAUAGUUAAUUACUUCUUAUAAUGUUGGAGACAAUGGAGAGUUCAGUGAAUGGAGAAGGAGUUGUGGGAGGGUUUUCUCACUUACAGAGCUGCGGUGACAGUAGCGAAGAAGAGCUUUCUGUGCUGCCACGUCAUACUAAAGUGGUGGUUACAGGAAAUAACCGUACUAAGUCGGUGCUUGUGGGUCUUCAAGGUGUUGUGAAGAAGGCAGUUGGGCUUGGCGGGUGGCAUUGGCUGGUCCUAACAAAUGGCAUAGAAGUAAAGCUACAGAGGAAUGCUCUUAGUGUGAUCGAGGCUCCCACAGGCAAUGAGGAGGAUGAUGAUCUGGAAUUUGAGAAUGUGCAAUGGAAUGGAUUGGAUAUGGGUGAGCUUGCAUCCGAUGACACACAAAAGUCCCAUAGAUCAAGGAAUCGGACACACAAAUCAACAGGAUCAUCUCACAAGACCAUGAGCAGGUCUCUCUCUUGUGACUCGCAGUCUAAGGGCUCUAUUUCCACACCUCGUGGGACCGCAAAGGUUGACCUCAGCAAGUUGGAGGUGGCUGCACUGUGGAGAUAUUGGCGACACUUUAACCUUGUUGAUUCCAUUCCCAACCCAUCCAAGGAGCAACUAAUUGAUGUUGUUCAGAGGCAUUUUAUGUCACAGCAAAUGGACGAGUUGCAGGUCAUUGUGGGAUUUGUCAAAGCUGCAAAAAGACUGAAGACUGUCUGCAAAUGACCCCGAGAUAAAUAGAGAUCUGAGUUUCUAUGUCCUGCUAACAGAUACUUGGCGCUUGAAAAUCCUUCUCCCAACGUGUAACAUAUGUAUCCCUGGCUUGUUUAUCAUCGUAUCUAUCCCUAGGUUAGUAUUUAGCCCGUCAGAGCUAUAGAGGUUCCUUCUUUUUGUUAGUGUACCUAUGUAGAUAUAUGUAAAAACCGGUGAGGUCAUUAGACCUCUAAGAAGUCCCCGUGGCCUUCUUCUAAGCUUGGUUUAAUUAAUGUAUUGCUGACUUUGUGGGAAAAAGGAUUUCUGAAAAUGUAUACUCUCUCUGGUAAUUUUCCA